AUGGUCAAGAAGCGAGCGAACAACGGUCGCAACAAGUCGGGCCGCGGCCACGUCAAGCCCAUCCGAUGCAGCAACUGCUCGCGCUGCACGCCCAAGGACAAGGCCAUCAAGAGAAUCACCAUCCGAAACAUGGUCGAGUCCGCCGCUAUUCGUGAUAUCUCCGACGCCUCUGUGUUCGCCGACUACGCCGUCCCCAAGAUGUACCUCAAGCUCCAGUACUGCGUCUCGUGCGCCAUUCACGGCAAGAUUGUGCGUGUCCGAUCGCGGGAAGGCCGCCGAAACCGCGCCCCUCCCCCAAGAAUCCGAUACAACAAGGACGGCAAGAAGGUCAACCCCCAGCAGGCUGCCAAGGCUUUGUAA